AUGGAGGAACUUCAUAAAAGUCCUUCAACAAGCGCGAAAAUUGGCUCUGCCCUUUUUUAUGCUAUCAGCUCUAUUCUCAUCGUGUUUGUUAACAAAUCCGUCCUCUCAAUCUACUCGUUCCCAUCUCCCGAGCUGCUCGGAUGCGGCCAAAUGACAGCAGCUAUCAUCGUCCUGUCAUUUCUCAAACUCAUCAAAAAGAUCGACUUUCCAGAUCAUUCAAUAAAAGUUGUAAAGGAAAUCUUUCCACUGCCGCUAUUAUACCUGGCAAAUAUGAUUUUCGGCCUUAUGUCCACACAGAGCUUGUCACUGCCAAUGUUCACGGUUCUCCGACGAUUUUCGAUCCUCAUGACGAUGAUUCUCGAGUGGUUCAUCCUCAAAAACGAGGCCAGACGACCAAUCAUCAUCGCCAUCGCCAUCAUGAUUGGUGGAGCCCUCGUUGCUGCUCUUGAUGAUCUCGCUUUUGACCUGGCUGCUUAUUGCUUUAUUCUCUUGAAUGAUUUUUUCACGGCUUCUUAUGGUGUUUUCACGAAGAAGAAAUUGAACGGAAAGGACUUGGGGAAAUAUGGACUGAUGUAUUACAACUCUCUUUGCAGUCUUCCUCUGGUGCUCCUGAUCUCCUUCUCAAAGGGCGAUUUCGAAAAAGUCUCUUCUUUCUCGGAAUGGAACAAUCCAAUGUUCAUCAUUCAAUUCUUCGCAUCCUGCUUUAUGGGCUUCAUCCUCAUGUACUCCAUCAUCCUUUGCACGCAAAACAACAGCAGUUUGACAACCACUGUAGUCGGAUGCAUGAAAAACCUGUUCGUCACCUAUUUCGGAAUGGUGUUUGGACACGACUAUCAAUUUUCAAUGCUCAAUUUUAUGGGAAUCAAUAUCUCCGUCGCUGGAAGUUUGGUCUACUCGUAUUUCGCGUUCAAGAAACCGAAAGAAAGCAGCCAGACACAACCUCUUCUGAAGAAAUAA